UUUGACAAGGAAAGGGCAUAUGCUACGUUUAUAAGACACUACAUUAUGGAAUUGAUUUAAUUUACUUUGUUAAGAUGAAUUAUACCUCUCUAUAAUAAUACUCUUGUAAGUCCAAAACAAAACCCAAAUUCUGAUCUGGGUUAUAUAAGCCCAAGCCCAAUUAAAAAUAUCUGAUCCCAGUAAGAAACUGAGAUGCAGUUGACAAAAAAAACAUAUCUGUUGGAAAAAAUCAAACAAGUCAUUAGUUCCAACGGACUAUAGCUACACCACCGGAAUAUCCACAAUUCCACAUAAACUAUUAUUAGCUGUAUAUGUAUUAUUCUAAUUUCUCAAACCACAAAAAAAUUAUAUCUUAUAAUCAUACUAUUAUAUUAAUCUUCGCCUAAGCGAAAAACAAAUUAAAGGAGUACAAUAAAUCUCAAAGUUUUCAACAUUCCUCGAUUUCAUAGAAUUUGGCUCUACCAACUAAAAAGAGUCAUAUAAGACGACGAUGUCACGAGACAGCUCCACCAUCCUCCUCCGUCUCCUCCUCCUCACCGCCGUCGUAACCGCUCUCGCCUUGGACAAUGAUGAUGACAUGUGCGUGUUCACGGUUUACAUACGAACCGGUACGGUAUGGAAAGCCGGUACAGACUCCGUCAUGAGCCUCCGUCUUUACGACAGUUACGGUCGAGACGCGGUUAUCUCCGAUUUGGUGUCAUGGGGAGGUUUAAUGGGUCCGUUUCAUGACUAUUUUGAGAGGGGCAAUCUCGACAUUUUCAGUGGUUUAGGUUCUUGUCUCUCAGGUCCAGUUUGUGCAAUGAAUUUGACAUCCGAUGGCUCUGGUGAUCAUCACGGUUGGUAUUGUAAUUACGUGGAAGUGACGAUGAGUGAGAGCCGUCGGAGAAGUUGUUCUCAGGAGAAGUUUGAAGUGGAGCAAUGGCUGGCUCGUGAUGCUUCGCCGUAUGAGCUGUCAGCGAUUAGAAAUCAUUGUUCGGACUCGGUCAAGAAUCGGCGAGUCGUUAUUCCCACGAUGUAAUGGGAGAUUAUUUAUUUAUAAAUUUGGUGGUCAAAAUGUGAUGUUACCGUGUGUGAUUGAAAAUUUGUGUUUUUUUUUUCUCUAUUAAAAAAAAAAUGAAAACAAAUGUGUUUUUGUGUUACAAUGCUUGACAUUUGAGUAAUCGAUGUAUAUUAUAGCCUUAUAGGAGAA